AUGGAGGAGGGGGAUGAUACGAGGGAAAAAUCCAUUAACAUACUGUUAUCAACAAAAAACUCAGCUCAUACGUACGCCGAUCGUCUGAUAGAGUUUGCUGUUGCUUUAGGAUUUGAUGGUUGGCUGAUAAAUUUGGAAGUUGAUGCGGAGCCUGAAAAAAUUCUUAUUCUGGAAGAAUUUGUCAGCUACUUGACCCAGACUUUGCACUCUAAGCUUCCUGGCUCCUUGGUUAUAUGGUAUGACAGCAUCACGAUUGAUGGUUCUUUAAGUUGGCAGAAUCAAUUGAACGCUUCAAACAAGCCAUUCUUUGACAGAUGUGAUGGCAUAUUUGUCAAUUAUUUCUGGCUGGAGGAUUAUCCUAAGCUAUCCGCUGAUGUUGCUGGUGACAGAAAAUAUGAUGUUUACAUGGGUGUCGAUGUUUUCGGGAGGGGCACUUAUGGUGGCGGACAAUGGAAGGCUGGGUUUUGUUCUGUAACUGAACCCAACCGAACAGAAUAUUCGGUUCUCAAUUUGUGGCUAUGGAAACCGAGCCGACAUGUAUUCAGUAACCAAGCUGUAACUGCAUCAUUGGAGAACACAGUCUGCCAAUCCUGCGACCGACGGUUGUUGCACCGCUAG